UUUUUGAAUUUUGUCUGCUCUCGCAUGGGACUGUUUAUUUCGUAGCAGUACCUUGAUGUAGCAAGACGUAGCGGCUGGAUCUCUUUCAGAGAACGAAGAAAUACCAUAAAGAAUAAAGUGGCCAAGGGUUUUUCAGGUUGAAAUCCCUUUAUAAAAAAGGGUAAUCCAAGAUGACGGUUAACUUAGGUGUUAAGGCUCUUCUCGACUGGGUCAACUCCAUAAAACUGAACGACCACGAAUUAACUAUCGACGAUUUACAGGAUGGGACAGUCUUAGUGAGACUUGUUUAUGUGCUGAAAAAGGAACCAAACUCCUGCUUCAGGAAUUCAAUUGAGGAUCGAUUCAGGGUCAUUGCAGACUUUGUGGAAAGGGAUUGCAGAUUUAGUGCUGCCAAAGGCACUUCACUAUCUUGGGACAAGAUAAAAGAUGGCAUCAACCUAACAGUAGAGAUUGCAAAGGUGCUUUUAUUGCUUGUAUACCACGACAUAAUGAAUGACCGCUGCACCCUGAACAUGUUGCACUGCGAUGCGGAGAGAGAGAUAGCAAAUCUUACUGGUUCCUUUGUGAUGGAGAGUGACGGCUGUGUUUAUCUGAGCAAAGGCCUUGAUGCCUAUUUGGCAAGGAGAUAUUUGCCUGUCGCCCGGGAAAUAUUUGACCGAUCAGCAACCACCUCCACCUCCAAUGCAUCGACUACCUCCUCGCUGUCAGAUGAUGACUCCCCCGUCUUUCGCCGCACACAGAAAAUCACAUUCGUCGACAUGCAAACUGUGGCUUCCUCCUCAGUCAGCAAGUCUCCUCUGCAGGAUAUCAUGAACACACCUAAGUUUCAGUUGAGGAAGAUGCAACGACAGAUGAUCAAGGACAGAGACUACAGAGACGGGUUAGAGAGGGAGUUGACCAGCAAGCUUGCACUCAUUGCACAGAGAGAGUCCCAUAUUAACCAGUUGCAGUACCGCCUGGAUAAGUUGAAAGAAGAGCAAGUUGAUCAGGAGAAUACUGUCAGGGAACAACUUGAUGAACUUGAGACCAAAAACAACAUGUUACAAACGCGUUUUGAUGAAAUCUUAAAGCAAAAUAAAGACUUCAAAAGUAACUCCUCACUUAUGGAGCGGAAAGUGGAUGAGCUGUCUGAGGAAAAUGGUGAACUCUCAUCCCAGGUAAGAACCAUGUGUUCACAGCUGGCCCGCUUUGAGGCAGAAGUUGGCAGGCUGACAGAAACCCAAACGUCUGCUCAGGAGGAGUUUAUAAGCAAAACAGGCCAACUGCUGUCUGAACUUAACCAAGCUACCGCUCAAAAGGAGCUAUUGGCUGAACAAAUUCAGAUCCUCCAGGGAAAGAUUUCUUCUUUGGAGGAUGAAAUAAGCAGAGCUGCUAAGGAAGAAGUAGGAGAGAAUAUGGGGCCUGUAAUGGAGAGAGAAAUGUUAGACAGUGAAAUCAGGGGUUUGAAGAAUGAGCUGGAGAGCACACUUUGCUCCCUUGAAAUGGCUGAGUCGGAGAUUCAGGCCAAAACACAGCAGCUGUCAGAGUGUCAACAAGAAAUGAAUCAACAAAAGGAGCUCCUGAAACAACAUGAGUCACAAACUAAAGAAAUCAUUCAAGCAAAGGAUGACAUUUUAGACAAAUUGCAAAAGGAGAUCACUGAACAAAGAAGAGUCCUCCAGCAUGAGAUCCAGGAACUCAAGAUUCAACUUGAGCAAGUUGAGCAGCAGAAGGCUGAGCAGAUGACCAGACUUCAGCAGCAUAUUGCCACUUGCGAACAAGAAAUUGAAAAUCUAAAGAAAAUUAAGAAAGAGAAGGAAGACCUUCUACAUCAGACGGAAGAAAAUGUCAAAGAUCUUGAGACAAAGUUAUCUGCUGCCAGUUCACUCUUGGCUGAUAAAGACCAACAAAUUAACAAUCUAAGGGAAGAAGUUGACAUUCUCACAGAUGAAACCAAAAACAACAAAAAUGAAAUUCAAGCCAAAGAGGAAAUGCUUUCAAAAUUACUUCUUGAGAAGUCUAAUGAGCAAACCAUUUUUCUUGAUAAAAUGCAGACAAUAACUGUGCAAGUAGAAACCCUGAGCUCAGCUCUCAAACAGGCUGAGCAGGAAAUUCAACUUAAGCAAGACCUACUGGAUAAAGUCCAACAAGAGAAUUUCCAACAAAGGGAGGUACUCCAAAAACAGAUUGUAACCUGUGAAGAGUUGGUCAAGAAGUUAAACGAAGAGAUACAGGUAAAAAAUGAGCAGCUUGUUAGUCUAAAGAAUGACUGCUCUCAACAGUCUGAAUUGCUGGAGCGAGAGAUUACAGGACUGAAAGGCCAACUAGACAGCCUGAAUGACUCCCUUAGAAAGGCAGAGGAACAAGUUCGGACUCAGGAAGUUCUGCUUACAAAGCAGGAGCAGCAAAGUGCUCAUCAGACAGAGAUCCUGCAGCAGCAACUCUCUCUCUCUGAAGAGAGGGUGAGGAGCAUGAAGGAGGAGAUCCAGUCUAAAGAGGAUCAUAUAAAUAUGUUAAACAAUCAAAUAUCAGAGCAGUCAGAACUACUACAUCAGGAGAUCCAAGAUUUAAAGAAACAGAUUGAGUGUCUUAGUUCCUCCCUGAAGAAUGCAAAGGAGAAUUUGCAAUCCAGGGAAAAUCUGUUUGCUGAGCAGCAACUAAAGAGCAGUCUGGAUAUGGAGGCUCUCCAGGCACAGAUGGUAGCAUCUGAAGAUGAAGUCAAGAGGCUAAAUACAGAGAUUCAUGUGAAGGAGGAGCAAUUAAUUCUGCUAAAGUCAGAGACAACUACACACUCUGAUUCUCUACAGCAAGAGAUUGAAAGUCUGAAUACACAAUUAAAGACUCUGACCACUUCUCUUGAGAUUGCCAAUGACCAGGUUCAGGCCAAAGAAGAUUUGAUGGCCCAACAGGAGCAGCAGAGCACUUUGCAGAUUGAGGCACUUGGAAAGCACAGUGCAUUUCUUGAGGAGGAGGUUCGUCAACUUAGGAAGGAAAUUCAAACUAAAGAGGGUGAGGUAGACCUGUUGAAGGUUGAGAGCCGCAAGGGGUCAGAAGUUCUGCAGAAUGAAAUCCUUACUCUUAAGGAUCAAGUUCAAAGUUUGAAUGAAUGCCUGAAGACUACAAUGGAACAAGUUCAGGCUAAAGAAAACAUGUUGACUCAGAAGGAAAUGGAGAUUUCUCAGGAAAAAGAUAAAUUUCAAGACAUGAUGACAACCUCCAAAGAGGAGAUGAAAGGGCUGAAGGAGCAGAUCCAGGCUAAAGAGGAAGAACUGGUCACACUAGAAAAAGAGGGCUCCAUACAUUCAGACAUGCUACAGCAAGAGAUCAAGUGUCUGAAAGACCAGCUCACUAAUAUGAGUGACACUCUCUCAAAGGCUGAGGAGAAGGUUCAGACUCAGAUAGUUAUGCUCACCAAACAGGAGGAGGAGAGUGCUUACCAGAAGGAGCUCCUGCAGCAGCAACUGUCAGCUUCUGAGGAAGAGUUGAGGGAGAUGAAAGGGGAGAUCAAGGCUAAAGAGGAACAAUUGAUACUGCUUAAAACUGACAGUUCACAGCAGUCAAAUUUGCUACAUCAAGAGAUCCAAGAUUUAAAGAAACAAAUUGAGUGCCUUAGUUCCUCACUGAAGAAUGCUGAGGACAAGCUGCAGUCCAAGGAAAAUCUGUUUGUUGAGCGACAGCUACAGAGCAGUCAGGAUAUGGAGGCUCUCCAGGCGCAGAUGGUAGCAUCUGAAGAUGAAGUCAAGAGGCUAAAUACAGAGAUUCAUGCUAAGGAGGAGCAAUUAAGUCUGCUAAAGUCCAAGACAACUACACACUCUGAUUCUCUACAGCAAGAGAUUGAAAGUCUGAAUAAACAAUUAAAGACUCUGGCCACUUCUCUUGAGAUUGCCAAUGACCAGGUUCAGGCCAAAGAAGAUUUGAUGGCCCAACAGGAGCAGCAGAGCACUUUGCAGAUUGAGGCACUUGGAAAGCACAGUGCAUGUCUUGAGGAGGAGGUUCGUCAACUUAGGAAGGAAAUUCAAACUAAAGAGGGUGAGGUAGACCUGUUAAAGGUUGAGAGCCGCAAGGGGUCAGAAGUUCUGCAGAAUGAAAUCCGUACUCUUAAGGAUCAAGUUCAAAGUUUGAAUGAAUCCCUGAAGACUACAAUGGAACAAGUUCAGGCUAAAGAAAACAUGUUGACUCAGAAGGAAAUGGAGAUUUCUCAGGAAAAAGAUAAAUUUCAAGACAUGAUGACAGCCUCCGAAGAGGAGAUGAAAGGGCUGAAGGAGCAGAUCCAGGCUAAAGAGGAAGAACUGGUCACACUAGAAAAAGAGGGCUCCAUACAUUCAGACAUGCUACAGCAAGAGAUCAAGUGUCUGAAAGACCAGCUCACUAAUAUGAGUGACUCUCUCUCAAAGGCUGAGGAAAAGGUUCAGACUCAGAUAGUCAUGCUCACCAAACAGGAGGAGGAGAGUGCCCACCAGAAGGAGCUCCUGCAGCAGCAACUGUCAGCUUCUGAGGAAGAGGUGAGAGAGAUGAAAGAGACGGUCCAUGCUAAAGAAGAACAGUUGAUACUGCUUAAAACUGACAGUUCACAGCAGUCAGAUUUUCUACAUCAAGAGAUCCAAGAUUUAAAGAAACGGAUUGAGUGUCUUAGUUCCUCACUGAAGAAUGCUGAGGACAAGCUGCAGUCCAAGGAAAAUCUGUUUAAUGAGCGACAGCUACAGAGCAGUCAGGAUAUGGAGGCUCUCCAGGCGCAGAUGGUAGCAUCUGAAGAUGAAGUCAAGAGGCUAAAUACAGAGAUUCAUGCUAAGGAGGAGCAAUUAAUUCUGCUAAAGUCCGAGACAACUACACACUCUGAUUCUCUACAGCAAGAGAUUGAAAGUCUGAAUAAACAAUUAAAGACUCUGACCACUUCUCUUGAGAUUGCCAAUGACCAGGUUCAGGCCAAAGAAGAUUUGAUGGCCCAACAGGAGCAGCAGAGCACUUUGCAGAUUGAGGCACUUGGAAAGCACAGUGCAUUUCUUGAGGAGGAGGUUCGUCAACUUAGGAAGGAAAUUCAAACUAAAGAGGGUGAGGUAGACCAGUUAAAGGUUGAGAGCUGCAAGGGGUCAGAAGUUCUGCAGAAUGAAAUCCACACUCUUAAGGAUCAAGUUCAAAGUUUGAAUGAAUCCCUGAAGACUACAAUUGAACAAGUUCAGGCUAAAGAAAACAUGUUGACUCAGAAGGAAAUGGAGAUUUCUCAGGACAAAGAUAAAUUUCAAGACAUGAUGACAGCCUCCGAAGAGGAGAUGAAAGGGCUGAAGGAGCAGAUCCAGGCUAAAGAGGAAGAACUGGUCACACUAGAAAAAGAGGGCUCCAUACAUUCAGACAUGCUACAGCAAGAGAUCAAGUGUCUGAAAGACCAGCUCACUAAUAUGAGUGACUCUCUCUCAAAGGCUGAGGAAAAGGUUCAGACUCAGAUAGUCAUGCUCACCAAACAGGAGGAGGAGAGUGCUCACCAGAAGGAGCUCCUGCAGCAGCAACUGUCAGCUUCUGAGGAAGAGGUGAGAGAGAUGAAAGAGGCGGUCCAUGCUAAAGAAGAACAGUUGAUACUGCUUAAAAAUGACAGUUCACAGCAGUCAGAUUUUCUACAUCAAGAGAUACAAGGUUUAAAGUUGCAGGUGGAGACUCUUGGCUCAUCACUGAGGAAGGCUGAGGAGGAUAUGCAAUCAAAGGAAGAGCUGUUGGUUCAACGAGAGCAAGAAAAUACUCAACAGAGGGAGAUUGUCCAGAGUCUACAGGAGAAAGUCAAAGAAGUGGAGAUUCUGCAGAAACAGAUUUCUUCACGUGAAGAAGAGAUUCAAAAGCUAAAAGAAUCUCAGGAUGACAAAGAGAAUCUUUUCCUCAAGGCUGAAGAGAAGCUUCAGAUCCUCCAGAAAGAACUAUCUGCAGUCAACACACUGAUAACUGAUAAAGAUAAAACACUGAACACUCUCAGAGAGGAGGUCGCUGCUCAAGCCAACUUGGUUCGAAGCACAAUGGAAGAAGCUGAAGCCAGUGACAAAAUGCUAGCUGAGCUAAAGGAGGAGAGCUCCAAACAGACAGAUGCUCUUCAACAAGAGAUCCAGGGUCUGAAGGGAGAAUUGAAAACCACUUCUCUGAAUAUUCUGGCUAAAGAGCAAAUGUUGCUUGAAACUCAGCGGGAUUCUGCUGAGCAGACGCAACUUCUCCAGCAGCAGCUUGUCGCAGUAAACACAGAGCUAAACAAAUACAAAGAGACACAAGCUUUAGACCUCAGACUGAAAGAGGCCGCACAGGUUGUUGCUUUUAAGGAAAAGGAGGCUCUUGUUCAGGAAAAAGAAGUACUCAUGGCCAGGAUACUUCAGUCCGAAAAGAAUCAGACAACUCUGGAGAAACAGCUUGAAGCCAUGGUGGUUGAGAAGGAGAGACUUGUUCAAGCAAAGCAGGCCAUAGAGAGAGAGAACAUGGCCUCCCACAAGCUGGAAUCUUUGCUACAGCGCGAGCUGGAAAUCUUGAAAAUGGAGAAAGAGGGACUCGUCAAGGAAAAAGCGGAGGAAAUUGAGAUGCUAAAGACAGACCUGCAGGAACAGCUCUCAGCAAAAUCAGAGGCUGCAGAACACUACAGAGCACAGAUGGAGACUGCAGUGAGUCAUUAUAACAACAAGAAACAACUUCUUCAAGAAAGCCAUGGGGAUGUGCUUGAACUCAAGCAAUCAUUGGAGGUUAAAGAGCGUGAAGUGAAGGCUGUUGCCAUGGAAAAUAAGUUGCUUCAACUGGAUCUGGACAAGGCCCAGAGUACAGAGAAGGCACUUUUGACCAGGGUGGCCAGUUUGGAGGCACAGCUGGCUUUUGCUGACCGUAACCUGCGGGCCCAGAAUAAGAUUCAUGGUAAUGAAGGAGGUGCGAUGGGGUCAGUUUACUUGGAGAUCCCCAAUCCACACUCAAGUGUUCACACUAGAGCACAGGUGAAGAGAGCCAUGAGCUCUGACAGCCUGGACCAGAGCUCUCUGGAAGACUCUCUGAACACCACAAGGAAACUUUCAGCACCGGGUGAAUCAAGCACACCACUUGUUCGCAGUUCAGAUCGGUUGGCAGCUAAACGCAGGGGUAUAAAGGCUGAGUCCCUGGAAACCCUGUACUUCACACCUAUAAACACCAGACAGAAGAACAGGACCAGUGCAGAGCAUGACAUGGACCUGGAUUCAACCAGGAAAAAUCCGACCUCAUCUGUCAAGCGACGCAGGACCACGCAGGUUAUUAACAUCACCAUGACCAAGAAAACCCCAGGCGGCGGUGAACAUGAUGACACUUUCUAUAGUAUGGCCUCGGCUCGCUCACAACCAAACCUCUCCAGUGCCCACUCUGCCCGACCCGUGUCUAUGGAGCUGUUUGACACACCUGCCAGAAUGACCGGCAGCACCAGCGACCAGCUCAUCGGUCUACCAGGAUACAGACGGAGCACGAUCCUCUCACAGCCUGCAAGUACAUUCUGUGCGGGGGCAGAGAACGAGCCUGACGGUGCAUCUGAUGAUUGGAUGAGGAUUGCUGAGCUCCAGUCCAGGAACAAGGCCGUCCUUCCUCAUCUAAAGAGCAGCUACCCUGUGGAGUCUGAGGCUCUAGGCCGUGGCAGCACAUUCCAGUUCACAGAUGAAGAACUCCGUUUGGGUGACCCAUCUGACACAAUCCGUCGGGCGUCCCUGAUGCCUGGCCUGCUGCAAGACUCUCUCACCUCCCAUCGGCACUCACUCAUGAUAGGACAGACGGGUGGCGCUGCCAGUACUCGUUCUCAUCGUCUGUCCUUGAUGCCGGGCCAGCUGCCAUCAAAAACCGUCAGCGCCUCUCAGCUGAGGAGUCCCAAUGGCGCCAAGCGGUCUUUAUCUACGUUGUCUGUACAUCAAACUUCGCCUGAGAAAAAGGUGAAGGCCAGCUGCUUCCCCCGUCCACUCACUCCCAAAAACAAGAACGUGAUGAGUGGAUCUCAGAUUCAAACUGCCCUCAGUCCAGCUAAUCGGAGGGAGUCAAUGAUGUUUACUAUUGAAAACACCCCUAAAAACAGCAACUACCUAAAGAAAGGGCUGAACAAACUACGCGGCUCCACCCGCAAAUCUCCAAGCAAAGCUGCCAAGAAGUCGCCGGCUCGGAAAUCUGAUCGCAAGUGCCAGGAAAACAUACCUGCAGUAAAUUCCCGCGCUGGAGUUGUACGAACAGGCAGAAUUGGCAGUUCUAGGUCACCCCAGAUGGCACCUAAAGGACAGAGAGGAACCAGCAGCUAUGCAAAGUCUCCUGGACUUACAGCGAGCGCUCGCAAGAAGCACGUGUCUAUAAAUGAGGACAAUCUCGCUGGGCGUCUUAAAAGAUGAUGAGGAAGAUAAAGGUAUGAGGACUGGUUCCCAGACUGGAGUUAUGAUCAUCUACAGGUCUACUUGAUCAUCUUUUAUUUUCCUUUUUCUUUCUCAAUUUUAAUGGUUAUCGUUCAGGGUUUUUACAAUCUUGUUUUAAUCUACCUUUAUUUCCUCUGUAUUAUAUUUAUAUGUUGUCAAUAAACAUUUUUAA